AUGGCCAAGAAAUCGAAAAGCGCAAAGAGCGCAAAGAUGGCGGCAGGUUCAGAUGGCGAUAAACUUCCCAGCUUCGACGAGAAUGCACUAUUGGCCUUGACUACGAAGAUUGACCAGGGGCUUGGAAAUGGCGAGCCUCGAAAGGCAGCGGAUGUACCAACUACGAAGCAGAAAAAAGGAAAAUCCAGCAAUGGAGUUGCAGAACCUAAGAAAUCGGAUGCACCAGAGGCUGCAAGAGGCACAAAACGAGACGCACACGGGAAGCCCAAAACUAAUGGCAAAGCGAAUGGCCAGAAGCAACAGUCGAGCAACACAAGUGGAGACAAACGUGCGGAGAGAGAAGCUUUGCUACAAGAAAUACUAGCUUUGGAUGGAACCAAGGAAGACUUAGAUCUCGUGGCAGAUGCCGAUUCGGAUGAAGAAGAAAACCAGAGCCCAGAUGCUCCUCCAGACAAGGCAUUGAAAAAGGAAUUAGCAAAAUUUGUUACUAGCCUUGGUAUUGAGGGACAGGCCGGUGGGGACGUCGAUGAGUCUGAGGAGGAAGUAGAGGAUGACGGAGGUGAAGAUAGCUGGGAGGAAGCAUCAGAGUCCGAAGCAUCUGAAAAACCUGCGCAGUCAAAGCCAGCUAAAGAGCAGGCUGCCCCGGCUCCUCUGAAAGCGCCCGAGUCAAAGGACCCAAAUCGUCUGAUUUUUGAAGCAAGACCAGACUGGCAUGCUGCCUCUUUGCCUCCUCUACCAUCGGGAAAGAUACUUUUCAAUAGCACCGCAAAAUACAGCAGUGCUAUCACAAAUUUAAAAGCUCACGCUAUGUCUCUUCUCGAACAAGAUAGCAGUCUCUACGCUUCAAAACAUAUGUCAUCUACCUCAUCUCAUCGAUUUUUGGCUACAAUCAUGUCAUCCGGUACAUUAUCUGAUAAAGUGUCUGCAUUGACAUUGGUCGUUCAAGAAUCACCCGUCCAUACCAAACAGUCUUUUGAAAGUCUGUUGACUUUGGCAAAGAAACGAAGUAGAGGACAGGCUGUUAAUGCAUUAGGUGCUUUAAAGGAUUUGCUUGGAAAUGGUGUCGUACUACCUGCGGAUCGACGCCUUCGGUCAUUUGCAAAUCAGCCAGGGCUGCUCACUACAUUGCAAGAGGAUACUAUCUUCAGUUGGAAUUCUGCCCAAAGACUGCCAGGUGACAUUACCAAGGCUCAUUUGGUUUCUUGGGCCUAUGAGGAUUGGCUGAAGGACUCUUAUUUUGACAUGCUCAAGGUUUUGGAGGGAUGGUGCAAUGAUGAAGUGGAAUACGCUCGAUCAAGAGCUGUAUCUUACGUCUAUGAACUCUUAAAAGAGAAGCCCGAACAAGAGGCAAACUUGCUUCGACUUUUGGUCAACAAACUUGGAGAUCCUGAGAAGAAGAUUUCAUCCCGGACGUCUCAUCUACUCCUUCAAUUACAGACCUCGCAUCCUCUAAUGAAGCCAAUCAUUGUUCGGUCCAUAGAGACUGAGUUGUUACUCCGUCCAGGGCAAAGCUCACAUGCAAAAUACUUCGCCAUUAACACUCUGAACCAAACCAUCUUGAGUGGGAAGGAGGAAGAGGUUGCUAAAAAGCUACUCGAUAUUUAUUUCGAGCUCUUUGUGUCUCUGCUGAAGAAACCCGAGCCAAAACCUGUUCAAGCUGGCCCCGUGCUCAAUAAAAAGGGUCAAGUUCAAGGUGGAGGAGCAGAGGGAGGGAAAAAGGCAAAAGCGAAGGCUGCCAAAGAAGAGGAUGCUAAAUUGACCAGCGAAGAGACCACCGAAAAGAUGAUCUCGGCUGUCCUGACGGGUGUGAAUCGUGCUUUUCCCUUUUCGAAAUCUGACGAUCAUAGUCUCGAGAAGCACAUGGAUACUCUGUUCAGGAUUACACACUCUUCAAACUUCAACACCAGCAUCCAGGCUCUGAUGCUGAUAGAGCAGCUUUCCACUUCAAAGCACCUCGCAACAGACAGGUUCUACAGAACUCUCUACGAAUCACUACUUGACCCCCGCCUGGUCACAUCCUCCAAGCACGCCUUAUACCUCAAUCUUCUAUUCCGAGCUCUGAGAUCCGACCUUAAUAUUAGGCGGGUAAAGGCAUUUGCUAAAAGACUACUACAAAUCGUCACCCUCCACCAACCCCCCUUCAUCUGCGGUGUCAUCUACCUCAUAAAAGAACUCGAAACCACCUUCCCGGGCCUGAAAUCCCUCCUCAACGACCCCGAAACAGCCGACGAAGACGAAGAAGAAACCUUCCGCGACGUCGUCUCAGACGAUGAAGACGGCCCGAUCCUACCAGCAAAACCAUCCAAGCACGCUGAUCUAUACGAUGGCCGGAAACGCGAUCCCGAGCAUAGCAAUGCCGACAAGAGCUGUCUCUGGGAAUCUAUUCCCUUCCUCGUGCAUUUCCAUCCGUCCGUCUCACUCUUCGCUUCGCGCCUCGUAAAUAACGAAACCCUGCCCCCGAAGCCAGAUCUCACAUCCCACACGCUCGCCGCUUUCCUCGACCGCUUCGUAUACCGCAAUGCGAAGACGGCGACUGCUGGGCCGCGCGGUAGUUCCAUCAUGCAGCCUCUGGCGGGCGGUGACAACAAGGGGAUUUUGCUAUCUAAUAAGACCAAUCAAGGUUCUGUUCAGCCUGUCAAUAGCGAGUCAUUUUGGCGGAAGAAGGCCGAGGAUGUGGCUGUCGAUGAAGUGUUCUUUCAUAAAUACUUCACGCAGGUCGGAAAGGGGAAGAUGGAUAGGAAGAAGAAGGCCAAGAAGAGUGAUGGGGAUGAGGGAGAUGAGGAGAACGACGAGGAUGAGAUUUGGCAGGCGCUUGUGGAGAGUCGGCCUGAGGUGGAGGGCGGUAGUGAUGGGGAUUCGGAGAUGUUGGAUUUCGAUGAUGAGGAUAUGGAUUCCAUGUCCGAGUCUGGGGACGACGAGGUUGAUAUCGAGUCCAGCGGUGGUGAGGAAGUCGACAUCGAGUCCGACGGCGACGAAAGCGGUGCUCCUGUCGUUGGCGAUGCACAGGAAGGCUCUUCAGACGAGGACGGUGCGUUUGCAGAGGACCCCGAAUCCGGCAGUGAGGCUGAAGAGGGCUCGGAGGACGAAGCGGAGCUCUUUGCAAAGGAGCUGCAGACUGCCAAGCCAGCAGAGGAGAGCAAGGAGAAAGACACGAGCAGGUCGCGGAAGCGCAAGAUGAAGAGCUUGCCUACUUUUGCUUCGGUCGACGAUUACGCCGAGAUGCUGGAUAAUGACGAGGAUGAGGAUUUCGGUGUAGAAUAG